UAGGUACACUGUAUCGUUUGGCUGAACUGAAUAGUUACAUUUUACGUUAAACGGAAAAGGUUAGAGUGGAUUUCUCUAAAGAGACAUCGAUCAUGAUUAUAGCGCUUUGUCUUUUCAUUACAUCUCUAUUUUAAGCAAUUCCUAUAUCUUUUCACACCAUUGUUGAUGUGAUAUUUCAGGGAGUGACAUCGUCCUCACCUCAACAACGGUCGAGAAACUGGUGACCUGAGUGAACAAUGAACUGAGGGCAACCACCCCCCCACCCCACCCCUACCCCCUCCCCCACCCCCUCUCCACCAGCUCUAGCAACUCUAGCGACUGCGUGUGUUUUCUGAGGCUGCCCGUGCUCCAGAAAGAGCUAAUAGGCUAACCUCCCCCCUCACCUGAGAGGAGGCCCUUCUGACCUUUGACCCUGUUUGACUGACCCCAGCCAACAGUCACCACCACCACCAGGAAGCAUGGGGAGGAAGAAGAUUCAGAUCCAACGGAUCACCGAUGAGAGGAACAGACAGGUGACGUUCACCAAGAGGAAGUUUGGCCUCAUGAAGAAGGCGUACGAGCUGAGCGUGCUGUGCGACUGUGAGAUCGCCCUCAUCAUCUUCAACCACUCCAACAAGCUGUUCCAGUACGCCAGCACUGACAUGGACAAGGUCCUGCUCAAAUACACAGAGUACAACGAGCCCCACGAGAGCCGGACCAACGCUGACAUCAUCGAGACGUUGCGAAAGAAAGGCUUCAGCGGUUGCGAAAGUCCCGAGCCGGACGGAGAGGACUCCAUCGACCAGAGCCCCCUGAACGACGACAAAUACCGCAAGACCACCGAAGACCUAGACAUCCUCUUCAAGCGCUACGGUGUCAGUUCUUCGGUCCCGCCCCCCACAUUUUCUGUGCCCGUCACCGUCCAGGCCUCUAAUCAGAACGCAUUGCAGUUCAGUAACCCCGGGAACGCCAUGGUGACCACCUCCUACGUGACGUCGUCAUCGCUCUCUGACAACCACCACCUGUCACCCCAGCCACCGGCGCUACAGAGAAGCACAGGAUCUCCCGUGUUGCCACAGCGACCGGCCAGCGCAGGUGCUAUGCUCGGCGGUGACUUGGACAACUCAAAUGGCGGAUGCCCAAGUCCAGUCCCUAACGGAUACAUCAGUGCCAGGGCCUCCCCGGGGCUCCUCUCGGUGUCCAACGGCAACAGCCUGGGGAAAGUAGUUCCGGCCAAGUCCCCACCUCCGCCUCAGAGCCCACAGAUGGUCAACAGCCGCAAGCCAGACAUCCGGGUAAUCACCACUCAGGGUGGGAAGAGCCUGAUGCAGAUGACAGAUGAUGAGCUGGAGAUGGUGAGCGAGAAUGCCCAGCGUUUGGCCGGUGCACAAGUGACCCAGAUGCUCACCACACCGGUGGUCUCCGUGACAACGCCCAGCCUCCUGGCGCAGGGGAUGCCCUUCUCUGCCAUGCCGACAGCUUACAACACAGAAUACCAGCUGACGAGCGCUGACAUCACCGCUCUCCACGCCCUGGCGUCACCAGGCGGCCUGCUGCAAGGCAACGCGCCAUGGCAACAGUCUUUAUCCCAGCAGCAACAACAGCAACAACUUAGUCUGGCGUCGCUUAGCAACUUGGUCAUGUGGGGCAUGGACAAACAGAGUGGGGAAUUGUCUAGCCAGAUCUCCAGUCUGGCAGCCAAUCUGAGCGCCUCGCAGUCCAACCUCCUCUUGGGUAGAGAUGAGUGGUUGGGCCGGCCGGUGGGCCACAUACCUCAGGGCGCCAUGCUGACUGUCAACACCAACUCCAAUGUGAGCAUCAAGUCUGAACCCAUCUCGCCCGGCCGAGACCGUCGCUCACCGUGCCCCCCGCCGUCCUCCUCUGGAGGGGGCAUCCAGACGACCGUGCCCCCGCCACAGUACCCUGGUUCCCUACUGUGCCUGGAGCCACCAACCGGCCGUUCCCCCGCCCACAGCCUCAGCAGCAACGGCAGCUCCUAUGAGGGCAAUGACCGGGAUGACCCUGGGGCAGGCGGCGGCAGUGCAGCGGGCAACCGUGGCCGUUCCCUGCCUCCUGACUUCAGCCCUUCGGUGGAGCUCCUGCGGGGCCAGAAUGAGGUGGAGCAGGAGGGAGCCAACAGCAAACGCAUGAGACUCGAUGCGUGGGUCACAUAGAGGCCACGCCGCCAAUGUCAUCGACCCCCUGAAGCACCCCGAACACAGACCCCCUCCCCCAACACACACUGAACCCCCCCACUGACAUUUGCCACCCACCACCACACCUUCCCUGGCUCCUAUCCAACCACUUACCCAGCUGCCCAGGACUCAGCAGAGAGAACGGUAUGGGCUUGCGUUCCACCUGAAGGGAGGAUGGUGUAGUGUGUUGGAUUCUGUAUGGGGCGGCGCAAUGAAUAUGGGGGCUCAAAGAAUCUCCACGCAGUCUUGCUCAAACUGAGUUUUGCGCAAGUGUCAAUUCCCAUGAAAAAAACAAUCGGGAUUUGAGGAAAGUGGAUGGAUUUAAAAUGGAACAUUCUCAAACGUUUCUACUGCUCGUUGCUGUUUUAUGCCACUUGUAAAAGGGACUAGAUUCGUUGGACGACAGUCGACACGUCACGUAUUUAGUUUGAGCACGACUGUAUCGGUAACAGUAUGAUGGAUGGCUUUAUGCUGUGUUUGCUCAACAAGUGUUGGUUGUUUUCACCGUGGGACUUACUGCCAUAUUGAUUGUUCAGUUCUGUUAGAUAUAAUUAGCAGUUAGUCUGUUUUCCAGGAAGCCCCCACCCCCCUCCUCCCCCUUCAAAAUGCACUUUGGGAAUGACUCUGUUUUGACGAGCGCUGUUUGCGACGAUUGCUGGCUCGCUUCAUCGGUGGCACUGAGAGAAGAGACCCAGACGGGCAAAAACAGGAUGUCCGGUCGGUCAGGGAUACACAGGAAUGGAUCCUACCGCUGCCACCAAUUUCCAACGCCCAAGCCUCAGGUGGUGGCACUCUGCGGUCAACUGGCACUGUCAGCCAAGGCCAAAAUGAGCCCCUUGCCAGAGUGCCGAUAUCAACCUCUUCUCCUAAAAUGCCUCGGACGCGGGUAGAGGGACACUGAAGAAUAUUGUUCAGUUAUGACUGACAGCCUCUAUGAAACAACAGUAAACACUCAUAGCCUUUGUCUGCCCUCUCUCUGCUCAGAUGCAUUUGGAGUCAUCAUCACCUGUUUCCAUUCUGAUAUUGAAGGAAUUGUUGAAAUCUUUGUUGCUCCAGAAAUGAGGUUAGAUGCAGGGAUACGCAUCAGAGGACUUCUAAAGGCUCAUUCUACUAGUAGAAGACCCCAAUGCAAUGCACAUUUUAUGUUUUUUAUUUUGGACUUCUGGUUGCUCUCUUUAGGGAAGUAUUUGGUAUGUUGGCAUUUUAGACCUGCUGUUAAAGGUUAAAACUGUUUUAACUGUAGAUCGUUUUGGGGGAUGACGAGUUAAACUUUGUAUAAAAUCAGCCAUUAUACAAAAGCGUUAGAUGUUCCCUUAGCUUUCUGCAACUCUUUGCAAUGUUUCAAAAGAGCUGUUACAGCAGAAUUCAAAAACACAUAUUCUAUAUUUCUAUAGCUUCAGUUGGCUUUUCAAUACGGACGAUGUGUGUAAAUAUGAAUAUAUUUGCAUAGACUUUGCUAGGUAUCCCUAAAACAAACAAUGUGGUCAUUCUCUCAGUGGAUCUGUUUGCAUAUGAGUGUGAUUGUAAUUUCGAGCUACGAUGCAGGAGUCCUGCAGCAGUAGCCCGGGGAGUUUGUUUCAGUAUCCUAAUACAAUGCUAGUGUUGAUGGUGUGCACGUUUUCUCACUCGCUCUUUAGAGGCCUGCUUGGCUACAGUGUCAACAUGUCCUUUGGCCUCACGCUCUGAACCCAAUCCCCUAUUAUCAAAGUCAAAUGAUAGACCACUAUAACACAAGUUAUAGAAAUGAAAUGGAUUCUACUAUUGAAAGGAGCACAACGUGACAUUUGCAUUGAAUCAUGGCAUUCAGUCUUAAAACGAUCUAACUUUGAACUACAGUAUACACUAAGCGACUUUAAAUAAAGUAAUUUGCUGAUUUUGAAACAACUUUUUCUCCAAUAUGAAAUCAUGUUUUCAUAUGCUUCACACUCUGCCGUGAGCUUGGUCAAAUGGACUCGUCCUAUUUAACAAUGUAAGUAGGUGGUGUUGAUUUCUACAAAUGUAACUGCCGUCCAUUAUGCAACACGGAUUUAGUUUCAUUGCCUGCUCAGGUGAAUCCCAGGGUUCAGUGCGUAUGGCUGGCACCAGUGACUUAUCUAGUGGGGUGCAACAUUUCACGUAGAAAUGGAAUGUCAACGAAUUGGGCCUGUUGUUCUUCAAAGGGGCUUUCUUUUCUACACACUACAUUUUUUGUCUGAACUUGUCGUCACACCCACCUCGGUCUGAGGGAGAGGUCCCUCUUUGGUUUAUGAGACAUUUCACACCACACUUUGAUUGGUUUUAACACCCUGUCUAUUGCAGGUCACUCAUGUAUAAAAUGUUCUAGCAAUGUAGUCUCGACAAUCUAUGUUAAAUGAAAAACCUGCAUCCUUUUUUUCUUGUGUAAAAUGUUUUCUAGAUCUUAUUUUUCAAGUGUUAAUUUGUGCUGGUGACAGUUACUUAUUAUUGUUGUAUUGUGGAGCGUUUAUUUUUUUUGGUAUUUUGUGUAGGAUAUUCAACCUUUUUUUUUUUUUUUAUCGCCCUUAUAUACAUGAUAUGAAACUGGUUUCCUUUCUUGAAACAACUUGCUAAAAUUGCACGCUCAGUUAUUGUGAUAUAGCAAAUGCAAUGAAGGAGAAGACCAGUUAAAUGCUGCAAUAUUGAUUUUUAAGAUAUUAAAAUAUUUAUGUGGGGGAACCUGAUGAGCAAUUAAAACGAAUUACAAAAUGUAAAUGCA